AGCUCCCCCAUCCGAGGAGAUCUUCCCUCACGGAACGAGAGCUCCCCAUCCAAGCAGAGCUCCCCUUAUCCAGGCAGUCCCUUUGCAUUUUAAACACAGGUGCACUCUGCGGCUCUAGCGCACGGGUGUUGCGUUUUCUUCUCUUGCAGCCCUGGCCCCGAGGGUAGAUAUGUUAGAAAGAAGAGCGCCCAGGAAGCUUUGUGCGGGAAGCCAAGAAGGUGCAACACGGGAGACGCAGCGGGGAGACUUUGGCAGGUGGUGCUGGUGACGCACAGAAGUUACUUUGCCUUCGGAAAGAAAAAAAAGCCGGGUGUGCUGCUUAUGUAGGUGUGUUUUUGUGCCCCCGGGAAGUUGCCCGGGUCGCGCAGCGGCGGCGGAGCGGCGGCGGCUCGUCCUGGGCAGCGGCGGCGGCAGAUGAUGGUGGCGGCGCGGCGGUAGCGCGGCGGCAUCGGCGGCAUCCCGCAUCCGCGGAUGCACGGCCCAGCCCCAGCCCCGUCCCCAUCCUCAUCCUCAUCCCCGCGCGGAAGGGACACCUGAGGCUCCGGCAGGCGGGCGGGGAUCGCCGCCGUUCGGAAGGGGAGAGCGUGCCGGGGGAAGGCGGGCCGGCGCUCGGCUGUGUGUGCCGGUGGGCAGGGGGCUGGUUAUCAUGGCGGAUCGGACGGCUCCGCGCUGCCAGCUCCGGCUGGAGUGGGUGUACGGCUACCGGGGCCACCAGUGCCGCAACAACCUGUACUACACGGCAGGGAAAGAGGUGGUGUACUUCGUGGCUGGAGUCGGCGUGGUUUACAACACCAGGGAGCACAGCCAGAAAUUCUUCCUCGGGCACAACGAUGAUAUUAUCAGCCUUGCAGUUCACCCAGAUAAAACCUUGGUAGCCACAGGGCAGGUUGGGAAGGAUCCCUACAUUUGCAUCUGGGAUUCCUACCGUGUGCAGACCGUGUCUGUCCUGAAGGAUGCGCACACGCACGGCGUCGCCUGCCUGGCCUUCGACUCGGACGGCCAGCGUUUGGCUUCCGUGGGGCUGGAUGCCAAAAACACGGUUUGUAUUUGGGACUGGAAGAGAGGAAAGCUCCUGGCAACAGCUACAGGCCACUCUGACAGGAUAUUUGAUAUUUCCUGGGAUCAAUAUCAGCCAAACAGAAUUGUCAGCUGUGGAGUAAAACACAUAAAGUUUUGGACACUGUGUGGAAACGCCCUGACAGCAAAGAGAGGAAUAUUUGGUAAAACAGGAGAUCUCCAAACAAUCCUGUGUUUAGCCUGUGCUAAAGAAGACAUCACCUACUCUGGGGCUUUAAAUGGGGACAUCUAUGUUUGGAAAGGGCUCAACCUGGUGCGCACAAUUCAAGGAGCACACAGUGCUGGAAUUUUUAGCAUGUAUGCCUGUGAAGAAGGCUUUGCCACUGGAGGGAGAGAUGGCUGCAUUCGUCUGUGGGACACUGAGUUCAAACCAAUCACUAAAAUUGAUCUCAGGGAGACUGAGCAAGGAUACAAAGGCCUGUCCAUCCGCAGCGUGUGCUGGAAAGCUGACAGGCUCCUGGCAGGGACACAGGACAGCGAGAUCUUCGAGGUGCUGGUGAGGGAGAGGGACAAGCCCAUGCUGAUCAUGCAGGGCCACUGCGAGGGGGAGCUCUGGGCCCUGGCCGUGCACCCCAAGAAGCCUCUGGCGGUCACCGGCAGCGACGAUCGCUCCGUGCGGUUGUGGAGCCUUGCUGACCAUGCCUUGAUCGCUCGCUGCAAUAUGGAGGAGGCCGUGCGGAGCGUGUCCUUCAGCCCUGACGGGUCCCAGCUGGCACUUGGGAUGAAGGAUGGCUCCUUCAUCGUCCUCAGAGUCAGGGACAUGACCGAGGUGGUUCACAUCAAGGACCGCAAGGAGGUGAUCCAUGAGAUGAAGUUUUCCCCCGAUGGCUCCUACCUGGCCGUGGGCUCCAACGAUGGGCCCGUGGACAUCUACGCUGUGGCCCAGAGAUACAAAAAAAUUGGGGAAUGCAGCAAAUCCUCCAGUUUCAUCACCCACAUUGACUGGUCUGUGGACAGCAAGUUCCUGCAGACCAACGAUGGUGCUGGAGAGAGGCUCUUCUACAAGAUGCCUUCUGGGAAACAUCUAACAAGCAAAGAUGAGAUCAAAGGGAUUCACUGGGCUUCAUGGACCUGUGUGAUAGGAGCUGAAGUGAGUGGAAUUUGGCCAAAAUACACAAACAUCACAGAUGUCAACUCUGUGGAUGGGAAUUACAACAGCUCCGUGCUGGUGACUGGUGAUGACUUUGGCCUGGUGAAAUUGUUCAGAUUUCCGUGCCUAAAGAAAGGAGCUAAAUUCAGGAAAUACGUUGGCCACUCAGCCCACGUCACCAAUGUGCGCUGGUCCCACGAUUUCCAGUGGGUUUUGAGCACAGGAGGUGCCGAUCACUCCGUUUUUCAGUGGAGGUUUGUGCCAGAAGGGAUAACCAAUGGCAUCCUGGAAGCCUCCCCACAAGAGGGUGGUGUUGAUUCCUACAGUGAGGAAUCAGAUUCAGAUUUAUCUGACGUGCCAGAGCUGGAUUCUGACAUUGAGCAGGAAGCUCAAAUCAACUAUGAUCGCCAGGUUUACAAAGAAGACCUACCUCAGCUGAAACAGCAAAGUAAAGAGAAAAACCAUUCUGUGCCCUUCCUUAAGAGAGAGAGAGCACCUGAGGACAGCUUGAAGCUGCAGUUUAUCCAUGGGUACAGGGGCUAUGACUGCAGGAACAACCUGUUCUACACGCAGGCAGGGGAGGUGGUUUAUCACAUCGCCGCUGUGGCCGUCGUGUACAACCGGCAGCAGCACUCGCAGCGCCUCUACCUCGGCCACGACGACGACAUCCUCAGCCUCAGCAUCCACCCCAUCAAGGACUAUGUGGCUACUGGGCAGGUUGGAAGAGAUGCUGCUAUCCAUGUUUGGGACACCCAGACCCUGAAAUGUUUAUCCUUGCUCAAAGGCCAGCACCAGAGAGGAGUGUGUGCACUGGAUUUUUCAGCUGAUGGGAAAUGUUUGGCAUCUGUGGGGCUGGAUGAUAACCAUGCCAUUGUGUUCUGGGACUGGAAAAAGGGAGAAAAGCUGGCAACAACCAGGGGCCAUAAAGAUAAAAUAUUUGUAGUGAAGUGUAAUCCACAUCAUGUGGACAGACUAGUCACAGUUGGGAUGAAGCACAUCAAAUUCUGGCAGCAAACAGGUGGAGGCUUCACCUCCAAGCGGGGCACGUUUGGGAGCGUGGGGAAGCUGGAGACCAUGAUGAGCGUCUCGUACGGCCGCGGGGAGGAGCUCGUGUUCUCUGGGGCUGCCACUGGGGACAUCUACAUCUGGAAGGAGACCCUGCUGCUGAGGACAGUGAAGGCCCAUGAUGGACCUGUGUUUGCCAUGCAUGCACUGGACAAGGGCUUUGUGACGGGUGGAAAAGAUGGAAUUGUGGCCCUAUGGGAUGACAUGUUUGAGAGGUGUCUGAAGACAUAUGCUAUCAAAAGAGCAGCACUCUCUGCUAGUUCUAAAGGUUUGCUUUUAGAGGACAACCCCUCCAUCCGAGCCAUCAGCCUGGGACAUGGGCACAUCCUGGUAGGAACUAAAAAUGGAGAAAUCCUUGAAAUUGAUAAAAGUGGGCCCAUGACUCUGCUUGUUCAGGGCCACAUGGAGGGGGAAGUGUGGGGCCUGGCAGCUCAUCCUCUCCUGCCCGUGUGCGCCACGGUGAGCGACGACAAAACGCUGCGGAUCUGGGAGCUCUCAGCACAGCACCGCAUGCUGGCAGUGAGGAAACUCAAAAAAGGCGGGCGCUGCUGUGCCUUCUCUCCCGACGGGAAGGCGCUGGCGGUCGGGCUGAACGACGGCAGCUUCCUGGUGGUGAACGCCGACACUGUGGAGGACAUGGUCUCCUUCCACCACAGGAAGGAGAUGAUCUCGGAUAUAAAGUUUUCACGAGAAUCAGGGAAGUACCUGGCUGUGGCUUCCCACGAUAACUUUGUGGAUAUUUACAACGUCCUGACCAGCAAGAGGGUUGGCAUUUGCAAAGGUGCCUCCAGCUACAUCACCCACAUCGACUGGGACUCCAGAGGGAAGUUAUUGCAAGUCAAUUCUGGUGCCAAAGAACAACUAUUUUUUGAAGCACCAAGGGGGAAAAGACAUAUUAUAAGAAUUGCUGAGAUAGAGAAGAUUGAAUGGGACACCUGGACAUGUGUGCUGGGUCCCACCUGUGAGGGGAUCUGGCCCAUGCACAGCGAUGUCACCGUUGUCAACGCCGCCAGUCUCACCAAGGACAGGACCCUGCUGGCCACGGGAGACGAUUUUGGGUUUGUGAAGCUCUUUUCCUACCCAGUGAAGGGCCAGCAUGCCAGGUUCAAGAAGUACGUGGGGCACAGUGCCCAGGUGACCAACGUGCAGUGGCUGCACAACGACUCCGUGCUCCUCACCGUGGGCGGCGCCGACACCGCCCUCAUGAUCUGGACCAGGGAGUUCCUGGGCAUCCAGGAGAGCAAGCUGGUGGACAGUGAAGAAUCAGACACAGAUGCAGAAGAGGAUGGAGGUUAUGACAGUGAUGUUGCAAGAGAAAAAGCAAUUGACUACACCACUAAGAUCUAUGCAGUGAGCAUCCGAGAAAUGGAAGGCACAAAACCCCAUCAGCAGCUGAAGGAGGUUUCAGUGGAAGAGAGGCAGGGAAUUGUCAAGGGAUCAAGGCCACCCGUGAGCAGAGCUGCUCCUCAGCCUGAGAAGCUGCAAAAGAACAAUGUCAGCAAAAAAAAGAAACUGGUUGAGGAGCUGGCCUUAGACCACGUGUUUGGGUACAGAGGGUUUGACUGUCGCAACAACCUCCAUUACCUGAACGAUGGUGCUGACAUCAUUUUCCACACAGCUGCAGCAGGCAUUGUCCAAAACCUCUCCACUGGUAGCCAGAGCUUCUACCUGGAGCACACAGAUGACAUCCUGUGCCUGACAGUGAACCAGCACCCCAAGUACAAGAACGUGGUGGCCACCAGCCAGAUAGGUGACAUGACAGAAUUCCCAGGUACAACCCCCACAAUUCACAUUUGGGAUGCCAUGAGCAAGCAAACCCUUUCCAUGCUGCGCUGCUUUCACACCAAAGGCGUCAAUUACGUGAACUUCAGUGCCACGGGCAAACUGCUGGUGUCGGUGGGAGUGGACCCAGAGCACACCAUCACUGUCUGGAGGUGGCAGGAAGGGGCUAAGGUUGCCAGCAGGGGAGGACACCUGGAGAGGAUCUUCGUUGUGGAGUUCCGCCCCGACUCCGACACUCAGUUCGUGUCCGUGGGGGUCAAACACAUGAAGUUCUGGACCUUGGCUGGCAGCGCUUUGCUCUACAAGAAAGGAGUCAUUGGUUCCAUGGAAGAUGCCAAAAUGCAAACCAUGCUCUCUGUUGCCUUUGGAGCAAAUAACCUGACGUUCACUGGUGCCAUAAAUGGAGAUGUGUACGUGUGGAAGGAUCAUUUCCUGGUCAGGCUGGUGGCCAAGGCUCACACAGGACCAGUGUUCACCAUGUACACCACUCUGCGGGACGGGCUCAUCGUCACUGGAGGGAAGGAGAGGCCCACGAAGGAGGGGGGAGCAGUGAAGCUGUGGGACCAGGAGAUGAAGCGGUGCCGAGCCUUCCAGCUGGAGACCGGGCAGCUCAUCGAGUGCGUGCGCUCCGUGUGCCGCGGCAAGGGGAAAAUCUUAGUGGGAACAAAAGAUGGAGAAAUCCUUGAAGUAGGAGAAAAAAAUGCUGCUUCUAACCUGUUAAUUGACUGUCACAUGGAAGGGGAAAUCUGGGGCUUGGCAACUCACCCCUCCAAAGACAUCUUUAUCUCUGCAAGCAACGACGGAACAGCCAGGAUCUGGGACCUGUCGGACAAAAAGCUGGUGAACAAGGUGAGCCUGGGGCACCCCGCGCGCUGCGCCGCCUACAGCCCCGACGGGGAGAUGGUGGCCAUCGGCAUGAGGAACGGCGAGUUCGUGCUCCUGCUCGUCAACAGCCUCAAGGUCUGGGGCAAGAAGCGGGACAGGAAAUCUGCAAUUCAGGACAUCAGGAUCAGCCCAGAUAACAGGUUUUUGGCAGUGGGCUCACAAGAACAUACUGUGGAUUUUUAUGAUCUCACUCAAGGCACAACCCUGAACCGAAUUGGCUACUGCAAGGACAUUGCCAGUUUUGUCAUUCAGAUGGAUUUCUCUGCAGACAGCAGGUACAUCCAGGUAUCCACAGGUGCCUACAAGCGUCAGGUUCACGAGGUGCCCCUGGGAAAGCAAAUCACAGACCCUGCAGUCAUAGAGAAAAUCACCUGGGCCACGUGGACCAGCAUUCUUGGAGACGAAGUCAUUGGGAUCUGGCCACGAAAUGCAGACAAAGCCGAUGUCAACUGUGCCUGUGUGACCCACGCUGGCCUGAACAUAGUGACAGGAGAUGACUUUGGGCUGGUCAAGCUGUUUGACUUCCCAUGCACAGAGAAAUUUGCCAAACACAAGCGCUACUUCGGGCACUCGGCGCACGUCACCAACAUCCGCUUCUCGCACGACGACAAGUUCGUGGUGAGCACCGGAGGGGACGACUGCAGUGUGUUUGUGUGGCGCUGCCUCUGAGGAGCCUCUGGCUGCUGCUGUCCUGCCCCAGCGAGGGGCUGUGCUGGCCAGGACAGCCAGGAAUGCCCCCCUGGCUGCAGGAAUCCCAGCCCUGCUGCAGGCUGACAUUUCCAGAUCACUCAUCCCAACCUAUCAAAAGGGAAUGGGAGCUGGCCGUGGAAAGCCCGACACCCUUGUGAAGGAAGCUGAGGUUUGAAGGGUAACCUGGGGAUCCCACAGGGAUGAACAGUUCACUCACAAAGCUGCUUUUGCCUAAUACUGUGUUGUUCAAACCGUGUCUGAAAAGGGAGAAAAUGCUGACAAAAUGCUGGGCCCUUUAAUUUCCUAAUUUGUGGCUUGAACAAAGUUCAAAAAGUGGGUGGGUGUUAACCACACCUGCUUAAAACUCCAAUUUGGUGCACUCAGUAAAGCUGGGAGCAUUUAAUGAGCAGGCUGGGGAGGGGGGAGGUAACCCUUCAGCUUUCAUUAAUUGAAGGAGCAAAGUAUCCCUUUUUUUUAAGUCCAUUUUAUUUUUAAAUAUAUAUAUUUGGCAGAAUUUUCUAUCCAUGAAGUGCCUUGGAAUAAUUUUCUAGUAGUUUGGGCUGCAGCCUUGCCUCCCCCCACCUGCUUUCCACACACGGUGCUAUGACUCUCACCCAGAGGAGGGCUAAACCAUUCUCACCUUUUCCAGCUGGUUACUUACAUGAUCCCUGUUUUCUGCUUUGAGUUUUAAUACCUUCACAAGUGAAUUCCCCACUGUUUCUGUGCUGUCAGAAGGCCAAAGUGAGGCAUUCCAGCUCCUGGGCAGCUGCUCCUGCAGUCAGCAAGUUCAGUGCAAGCUGAACUCCAGCAGUGAGUGAGAGGAGAGGGUUUGGACAGACUUGGUUCAAGACAUUUGAACACAAGAUUGAGGGAGUCAUUCCCCAAGUGUUCCUGCAUGCUCCCCCUUUCUGGGAAAAUGUGCUUUACACUCCUACAGGCAGUGGCCAGCCAGAAUCUUGGCCUGGUGGGAAAGCCUCCAUCAAUCCCUCUUUCCUGUUCUGGAGGGGGAUCCUAGGCCUCCAAAGGAAUCCCUGGAAUGUCCCUAUGGCAGGGCUUUGUGUGCCCUCCAGCCAGUCCAUGCUGCUUGUAAGUAAAACAUAAAUUCCCCAAUGCCAGGAAAUGCAGCUUUUGUUUUUGGGAAAAGCUCAUCAUGGCUGACUCUGGGCUCCUCUCCCUGUCCCUGCUUCUCCCUCACCCCACAGAGCCCCCUGUCCUGGCCUGGGGGACAGCUGAGAUCAGAGGAGAGCUGCCCCCGUGGAAAAGUGGAACCAUGGACAGAUAUUCCCAAAAGGCAACUCAAACCCUUCACUAUUUGUUAGAACAUUUUGUCAAAAACAAAAACUCAAGGGAGGGUGGAACUCAAGAACGUUUAAAAAGAAAUAGCUUAAAUACAUAUUUUGCUAUUCAAGAUUCUGGGCAUGGAACAACAUCCAUACUUUGAAAUUACCUUUCUUAAUUAAAAGAAAUAAAGGCCAAAAUAAAACAUUUACACUUACAUUUAGUCUCUGAAAAGCAAUAGUGCUUUAGUCCCAGUUCAGGACAAUAGGAUUUUGAACUCUGGAACCUUCCUGCCAGUCCGUUUCUGCUGCCCACUGCACAGAAAAGUAGCAAAAACAUCCCAUUAAAGGAGUGGAUUCCUGUCUGUUUAACACACAAAGUGCUUCAGCAACCUCAAAGAAUCACCUUUUUUUUUACAAUUGAAUUUAUUAAUGCCUUAUAUGACUAUACAGCAGAGCAGUUUGUCAGAUACACAGUACGAGUCCCUAUGCAGUCUUUUUUUCAAAGAACCUUCGGGGUCAAAUCCUGUUCUGUCAGGUGGUGCCAGCAGUGAGCACCUCUGCCUGUGUUGUACCACUCAUGUUUGCCUUCCUUCCACGUUGAUUGUAUCCCAAAUAAAACCAGUUGUGUGGCAGAAUGAAUUAAUCAACAGUGAUGUGAGAAAUAUCUUCAAGCAAUAGUGUCUGUCAGGAAAACACUUACCUACGGUUUGUAUGUUUCUAUGGUCUGGCUUCCUGUAUAAAAUGCUCAGAAGUAAUGCUGUAUUUUACUGGAAAAUGAAAUAUUAAUGCAUGAAUUUCUAUUUUUCAAUGGUCAAGAUGCCAUUCAGUUAAAAUCUGCAUCUCAAAUAAAUUUGUACACAAGUUUGCAAUGUCCAGCUCUUAAAUCAGAAUCAACACCUGGAAAAAUUAUUGGGACUUACUUCCUUCAAACUUGAAAAUGGCAUCAACCAUUCCUGUCUCAAAACUCCAAGACCCAACACCCUCUGGAGCUCCCUGGGACACUGGAGGUGGCCCUGAGCAGCUCCUUCAGGCUGCAGAGGAAGGAAAGGGACCGUGACAAACCCACCCUGCACCGCGCUCUACUCGGACACUACUGCCACCACCAUGGACAAUGGAAAUUUAUCACAAGGAACUUCAAAUAAACACAAAUCUAUUAAACUUGCCUCAAGAAAGCCAAAUACUGGUAUCAUUUUAUGUCUAUAAGCUUUAUUGAUACUUGGGGUUUUGGGGUUGGUUUUUUUUUCCUUUUUUGUUGGGAUUUUUUUUACAUUUCACAAUGCAUUCCACAGACUUAGUUCAGUACAGCUCAAACUGCAAGUGUAUAAAUUUUCACUUAUCAUUUUCUUGCAUAACAGGACAGGGCUUUAAGUUUCCAAACAACAUUUGCAGCAUUAGAUACUCGGUCCACAGAUUAUCAGAGUCUGAAAGCUGGAGAAUUAUUUGCUCAAGAUCAACUACUGUACGUUUGUGCAACAAAGUGUAUGCUGUAAGUUUCUUUUACUCUGUGUGGAGGUUCUUUGUUCAUUUCUCUUUUGUUGUUUCCAACAGAUGCCAGUGUUUACAGAGACUUUUUAGUUUCUCAAGCUUGUGUGCUCUGGAGCUCGUCCAGGCCUCAGUCAGUUCUCUGAAGUACAAAGCACUGUGGAGCAGCUGAAAGAUCUAAGCUUUGUGAAACACAUAUAUAUAUAUAUAUAUAUAUAUUGGCAAUUGAUAAAACAAAAUCACAAUACAGCUAUACUCAUACCAAAAAGGCAAGAUUUUUCAAAACUUGCUAAACUGGUAUAUUCUUCUAAAACAUCUCAUU